UCUACACGGCUGCUUCACUCAGGAGCCGGACUGCAUCCAAGGAAAGGUUAUUCCAUUAAAAAAGAACAAAGGAAGGUGUUUGUUUUCCCUCUUAACCCUACUGCAACUCAAAGUAGGAGAGCGCUGCGUGGACCAAGAGUCUGACGGGGGGUUUCUUCCGAGACAAGGCGACGCUGCGGCCCUUUCGCCGCCCGGCUCCCUCGGGCUUCAGUCGCCGUUUCCGACAGGGCGCUUCUUGCUGAGGGACGCCGCUGAGCAGAGGCCUAAUCGCUCCGAUUCUUCGAAGAGAGCUCGCCCCGCCGCAAGGAGCCUCGGAAGUAUGGAGCCAUCCCAGAUGAAUCUCUCCCGUGCUAUCCUUGGUCAUGGGGAUUAUGACUCUGAUUUCAGUGAUGAUGAAACCAGCAAGAAGUCUGACAGGGAGAGAAAUAGAAAUGAAGAUGCGUUACUUACAAAGCCCUUCCAGAAAGAAAAACAGAGCAAGGUGGCCCACAAACAGAUAGCGGCAGAUGAAUGGGACAGGGAAGAAGCAAGAAACCGAAGAUUUCAUUUAAUAGCAAUGGAUGCUUAUGCACGGCAUAAGAAACUGGUGAAUGACUACAUUUUAUUCUAUGGUGGUAAAAAAGAAGACUUCAAACGUUCAGGAGCAAAUGACAAGACUGACCUUGAUAUUGUCAGGGAAAACCACAGAUUCGUGUGGAGAGAGGAAGAUGAAGUGGAUAUGACCUGGGAGAAGAGGCUUAGCAAGAAAUACUAUGAUAAGUUAUUCAAAGAAUAUUGCAUAGCAGAUCUGACUAAAUACAAAGAGAACAAGUUCGGGUUUAGAUGGAGACAUGAGAAAGAGGUCAUAUCAGGAAAAGGACAGUUUUUCUGUGGCAGUAAACACUGUGAUGAAAAGGAAGGCUUGAAGAGCUGGGAGGUGAAUUUUGGAUAUGUUGAGCAAGGGGAAAAGAAAAACGCGCUUGUUAAAUUGAGGCUUUGUCCAGAAUGCUCUUACAAAUUAAAUUUUCACCACAGGAGAAAAGAAGUCAAACCAAAGAAAAAGAGAGCAAGCUCUGAACAAAGCUCUGAGGUGCUAAAAAGUAAGAAGUCGAGAUUAUCUUCUCAACAAAAACACAAAUCAAAGAAAAAGAAGAAACAUAAAGAACAAGCAUUGUUAGGAGAAUCAGAUGAUUCUGAUAAAGGUUCAAGCGAUAGUGAUGACCGAGAUGGUCCCUCAGAUGCUGACUAUUGGAAGGGUCCUGUGCAAGAGACAGAAGAAAAAACACGGGAGGAAGAAUUUGAUGAGUACUUUCAAGACUUGUUUCUCUGAAAUACGAUGUGGAGAUCUCAAAUCAGUUUCGUCAUGCUUCCUCAGACUCCACAGAUGAACAUCAAAUGAGAUGUGCCUCAUUUUUCUUUAAGCAUGCUUCUAAUUUUAUAUUUCAUAGAAAUUAUUCAGCAAUUCUUUGCUCGAACGUUUGGCAUAGGAGCGUGGAUUUUGCAUUAAUGUGGUCUAAGUACUUUAAAAAAAAAUUACAUUCCAAAGCUAAGAUGACAUUAUGUUGAUACUUUUUGCAGGCUUCAGCAUUCAAAGAUGAAAAGUAACAGGUGUGUAGAAGUUGCUGAAUGUUAUUUAAAACAACAAUAGCAUGUAUACUGAGAAAUUAUGAUGAUUGAGUUUAGCCCAAUUACAUGAACUGCUUUGGGAGGGAGGCAGGGGGAAAGUGUGUGUGGGGGGGCUUGCAUAUAAGAUGUGAGUCUUCCCUCUCCUGGUACCCAGACCCUCUGCUGGCACAGAAGCCGCCAUGUCAUAGCUGGCGUUCAAUGUAAGAAGCAGAGCUGGGCUGAUGAGAGCUCCUUGAAUAGAUUCCCGUGUCCUAUCUGAGUGGCCUUGGAUUUUAAGCACAGGUGCAGCUCUGUUUCCAGGACCAAGUGACUCUCUGUCCUAAACACCUUUUCUUGGAAGUAUUUUGGGCAUAUUUUAAUGGCCUACAAAUGUAGUCUGUACCAGAGCCCUACAAAUCAGAUGUAUUUAUUCAGGUGACUGGAAGUAAACUGAUUGAAA